AAACAUGUACAAUUUUGAUUAUAAUAAACACCGACCAAAUAACACGGUUAACAUUGAUAUUUUUAUAAUGUUAUAUAUUUAGACUGUUAGAUAUAGAAAAAUACCAGCGUGGUUAAAAUUAGAAAUUGUUGUAUUUCACGGUCUAAAUAUUUCACAACGCUGGUACCUGGCUACAUUAAAUUUUAAUGAUACAGGGAAACAGUUGUGGGUUAGUAAUCACACGAGAUAGUCGGUUUUUAAUGUCGUGUUUAAACUCUUAGGAUAAAGUGGGACAUUUUUAUGUUGUUUAUUCGUCACAUGGUAAUCAUUAUGUAGAGCAUUUUGAAAGUCAACAAUAAGCAUGAUCAAUACUAGUCAAUAGAAAUAUCAAAAAAUGACUGAUGACGUAGACGGGGCUUUAUUCUCACGUAUCCCCAGUAAACAGUGUGAUCUUGACCAUCCGUCAUUAAAACCAACUGAGCAAGACUUCGUAGACGGUGCUUUAUUCUCACGUAUCCCCAGUAAACAGUGUGAUCUUGACCAUCCGUCAUUAAAACCAACUGAGCAAGACUACAUAGACGGGGCGUUAUUCUCACGUAUCCCCAGUAAACAGUGUGAUAUUGACCUACCUGCAUCGAAAUCUAAUAAGAAAGACAAUGUGGACGGGGGCGUUGUUUUCAAGAAUACCCAGUCAGAAAGAUGCGUCAGGGCGAGAAAAACGACCGAAAGAAGUAAAUAUACGGAGAAAGAUGGCGACAAGGAUACAUUGGAAUGUACAAUUAGACCUGAAAGAUUGAGUGACGAUGACAAUAUUGAAGCUGCAUCAAAACUGUAAUGAUCCAUUGAUCAAUAAAGAUAAUAUAGAUAUGAAGAAGGGAGAGGAGGGUAAUAGUUCAUCAAGUAGUUUAUACCCAAGUGACCAAUCAGAUGGUAUACAAGGUUCUCGUACUCAUUUACACGAGCUUGAUGAUGAACCGCAAAUAUUGCGCAAAGCUCUUCAACGUUCUACACGCAGCCACCUUCAAGUGAUAAUUUAAAUAAUGACCCUGUAUCUGAACAGAAUACUUCUCAAGGCAACGAUGUUUCAUUUUAUGUUGAAGGCAAUGAAGAAGAUAUCGCUGGAUCUUCAGAGUUAAACCAUACAGGGCAGGAUGAAAGUUACACAGGUAACAACAAAAGUUCACAAAAGAGCUUAUAGA